AUGGAGAUGGAGCCGUUCAUCAUGCCGAUGUGGAACCCCGCAGAACACCGCACGGAGGGACACACGGCGCCGAUAAGAACGAUCACGGUCAACUCAAUCCGGAGGAAGAUAUCAACACUAUCAGCAUCAGCAGAUUUCUACGAGUCGAACAAGCCCCGAAACACCUACCCCUGGGCGAGAGCUGCUGCCUCACUGCCAGUCGGUCGCCGCUCGUCCCUAGCAGGCGUCGCCUGCAUGCGAACAAAAUACGUACCUCCCGAGGACCCGGCUGGGACUUGCAUGUCCGUGGGUGCUACCAAUGAGGGAAACAAGGUAGCGGCUUGGUCAAAGCCGCCCAUAGCUACCUUGCACAUGGAAAAGAGACUGCGCGCGCUGCGUUUCACCCUCCUUUUCGCCGUGGAGCCAUUGGCGUCACUGAACGAUGAUGAGAUUUUCUCUUCAUUUGCCCAUCGUGGAAUGGUAUGCACUUGUGCCCACCAUGUGCCUGUUCAUCUGCGACUGCUGGUUGGCUCUGGAAGGGUCAUGUUGCACUCCGAACGCCAUGCCAUGCAGUACUUUGCCUCAUUGUUCCUGACCGGCAUCGUGUUGUGUUGA